GUCCGCCCUUACGCGCCUUCCUUUCUAGGCUGGGGAGUCCGGACUUGAGCGUGUGCGAAGGUCCAGACGGACAUGGAGGCGGAACGUAAGUGAGUCAUGGACGACCGGUACCACCGGGCCGCCCGGGACGGCCUCGUGGACGCGCUCAAAGAAGCGACGCCGAAGCAGCUGAACGCUCCGGACGAGGACGGGAUGACACCCACUUUAUGGGCCGCCUACCGCGGAAACAUGGACGCGCUCAGAACCAUCGUUGCCAGAGGAGGUGACCCAGACAAGUGUGACAUUUGGGGCAACACACCGCUCCACUUGGCAGCCGCCAACGGCCAUCAUGCCUGUUUGUCUUUCCUGGUGGCGUUUGGGGCCAACGUGUGGUGUCUGGACAACGAUUACCACACGCCGCUGGACAUGGCCGCCGCCAAAGGCCACAUGGAAUGCGUCCGCUACCUGGAUUCCAUUGCCGCCAAGCAGAUCACACUCAAUCCCAAGCUGGUCGGCAAGCUCAAGGCGCGAGCGUUCCGAGCCGCCGAGCGCCGUGUCAAAGAAUGUGUCCAACUUCAGGAGAGGCACCGCCAACGUAUGGAGAAGCAAUCCGCCAAGGAGGCGGGCGCUUUGGACGACUUGGACGCCAUUAGCGUCUACAGCUACACGAGCGGCAGCACGCUGAGCCGCAGGUUCAACGCCUCCAAUUUGUCGAACUCGCAGGCCACGCUGCAUUCCACGGCGAAGAGCAAGGCCAAGAUUCAGAAGAAACUGGAGAAGAAGAAGCAGGUGGACGGAACAUUCAAGAUCUCCGAAGACGGGAGGAAGAGCGUGCGCUCGCUGUCCGGCCUGCAGCUGGGAAACGACGUCAUGUUCCUCCGACAGGGAAGCUACGCCGACACCAGCGAGCGCUUUUGCCUCGACAUCCGUGACAUGUUCCCGCACGACGACGACGCUCUCUCUCGUGCCAUGAGCGACCCUGGCCUCCACGAGGCUGCGUAUUCAGAGAUCAGCGCCGACUCGGGACGGGACUCACUCUUCACUCGCCCUGGGCUCGGGACCAUGGUGUUCCGCAGGAACUACGCCAGGGGGGCGGCGUUCGGCGUCAGAUGGCGCGAUGAAGCGAGCGUCGCAGGAAGUGAGCCUGCAGGACGAGCGCCAAACGUCCGUCUACGGGGUCGACUUCCUCGCCACUCGUCCAGUUUUGACAAGGACAGCAUUAAGAGUGCUCUGAGCCCGUGGGAGGAGUCUGAUGCGAGCCUGGACGAGGACCUAGAGCCGCAAAGUAGUCCGCUAGAGACAUUUCUGGUGUCGCACAACCUCGCAGAGUUCAUCGUCAUCUUCAGGCGGGAAAAGAUUGACCUGGAAGCUCUGCUGAUUUGUUCCGACCAGGAUCUCAGCAGCGUCCACGUCCCGCUGGGCCCGCGCAAGAAGAUACUUGAAGCCUGCAAGAGACGCCGGGACACCUUGGGAGGGCCGGACGCCAUCGAGGACACAUAUCUAUGAAGUUGUUUUUGUGCAUGCCACACUGCUUCCUUGUGUUACUGGACCUUUGCAGGUGGGAGGGGCUGAAGAUACUUUGCAGCCUGUAAAGAAGCCAAACGGCACCCCCUGGUGGCUGCUGGGUGUAACAUAUAUAUGACUAUGUGCGAUGCCACGGUGGCCUAGUGGUUAGCAUGUUGGCCACACAGUCAGGAGAUCUGGAAGAUGUGGGUUCGAAUCUUUGCUGGAGUUUUCUCCAGGUACUCCGGCUUUCUCCCACAUUCCAAAACAUGCAUGUUAGGUAUGAAUGUGAGUUCAUAUCCCUGUGAUUGGCUGCCCGUAGUCAGCUGACAUGGGCUCCAGCGUACCCCUGCGACCCUUGUGAGGACAAGCGGCAUGGAAAAUGGAUGGACGGAUGACUAAGAGUGCUGGGUCGUCACCGCUAUCGUGUGUCACUCAAGGACCGCCCGUAUUUUCAGCUGUUUUUUGCAUGGAAGACGCUUGGCUAGAUAUUUAACAUUUCGUUGAUACCAUUUGCAUGUUUGUAAUGUGAAGAAAAAACAAGUUUUUUAUUCAAAGAAGCUGAAGGUCUGCUGUGUGCUUUCAUGUCGGAGGAAAGAAGAGGGAAACCU